UGGAAGGGGGGGUGGCAGAUCCAGCCCAAGCAGGGGGCAACUGGCUCUGGCUCGCGGUUCUCAGCCUUGGCUGCCCCCCCGGAAUCACCUGGGGAGUCUUAAAACACAAGAAGACAGUCUGAUGUUUGGAUUUCCCGAGGCUGACCAUGUGGAGGCCGCGAUCCUCGAAGAAGACGAGGGUCUGGAGAUAGAGGAGCCCAGCAGCCUGGGGCUGAUGGUGGGUGGCCCCGACCCUGACCUGCUCACCUGCGGACAGUGUCAGAUGAACUUCCCCCUGGGGGACAUCCUGGUUUUUAUAGAGCACAAGAAGAAGCAGUGUGGCGGCGGCCUGGGCGUUUGCUACGACAAAGGCCUGGACAAGGGCAGCCCGCCGCCCUCCUCGCGCUCCGAGCUCAGGAAAGUGUCCGAGCCGGUGGAGAUCGGGAUCCAGGUCACGCCCGACGAGGAUGACCACCUGCUCUCGCCCACGAAGGGCAUCUGCCCCAAGCAGGAGAACAUGGCAGGGCCGUGCAGGCCUGCCCAGCUGCCAGCGACGGCCCCCAUAGCUGCCUCCUCCCACCCUCACUCAUCCGUGAUCACUCCACCUCUGCGCACCCUGGGCGCCCCGCCGCCCUGCUUCCCCCUGCCCUGCUGCAGCGCGCGCCCGGUCUCGGGUGACGGGACUCAGGGUGAGGGUCAGACGGAGGCUCCCUUUGGAUGCCAGUGUCAGUUGUCAGGUAAAGAUGAGCCUUCCAGCUACAUUUGCACAACAUGCAAGCAGCCCUUCAACAGCGCGUGGUUCCUGCUGCAGCACGCGCAGAACACGCACGGCUUCCGCAUCUACCUGGAGCCCGGGCCGGCCAGCAGCUCGCUCACGCCGCGGCUCACCAUCCCGCCACCGCUCGGCCCCGAGGCCGUGGCCCAGUCCCCGCUCAUGAAUUUCCUGGGCGACAGCAACCCCUUCAACCUGCUGCGCAUGACGGGCCCCAUCCUGCGGGAGCACCCGGGCUUCGGCGAGGGCCGCCUGCCCGGCACGCCGCCGCUCUUCAGCCCGCCGCCGCGCCACCACCUGGACCCGCACCGCCUCAGUGCCGAGGAGAUGGGGCUCGUCGCCCAGCACCCCAGUGCCUUUGACCGAGUCAUGCGCCUCAACCCCAUGGCCAUCGACUCGCCCGCCAUGGACUUCUCGCGGCGGCUCCGCGAGCUGGCGGGCAACAGCUCCACGCCGCCGCCCGUGUCGCCGGGCCGCGGCAACCCUAUGCACCGGCUCCUGAACCCCUUCCAGCCCAGCCCCAAGUCCCCGUUCCUGAGCACGCCGCCGCUGCCGCCCAUGCCCCCCGGGGGCACGCCGCCGCCGCAGCCGCCCGCCAAGAGCAAGUCCUGCGAGUUCUGCGGCAAGACGUUCAAGUUCCAGAGCAAUCUCAUCGUGCACCGGCGCAGCCACACGGGCGAGAAGCCCUACAAGUGCCAGCUGUGCGACCACGCGUGCUCGCAGGCGAGCAAGCUCAAGCGCCACAUGAAGACGCACAUGCACAAGGCCGGCUCGCUGGCCGGCCGCUCCGACGACGGCCUCUCGGCCGCCAGCUCCCCGGAGCCCGGCACCAGCGAGCUGGCCGGCGAGGGCCUCAAGGCGGCCGACGGCGACUUCCGCCACCAUGAGAGCGACCCGUCGCUAGGCCACGAGCCCGAGGAGGAGGACGAGGAGGAGGAGGAGGAGGAGGAGAACGGCAGCCUGCGCUUCUCCACGCCGCCCGGGGACCUGCUGGACGGCGGGCUGUCGGGUCGCAGCGGCACGGCGAGCGGGGGCAGCACGCCGCACCUGGGCGGCCCGGGCCCCGGGCGGCCGAGCUCCAAGGAGGGCCGCCGCAGCGACACGUGCGAGUACUGCGGCAAGGUGUUCAAGAACUGCAGCAACCUGACGGUGCACCGGCGGAGCCACACCGGCGAGCGGCCUUACAAGUGCGAGCUGUGCAACUACGCGUGCGCGCAGAGCAGCAAGCUCACGCGCCACAUGAAGACGCACGGGCAGAUCGGCAAGGAGGUGUACCGCUGCGACAUCUGCCAGAUGCCCUUCAGCGUCUACAGCACCCUGGAGAAACACAUGAAAAAGUGGCACGGGGAGCACUUGCUGACUAACGACGUCAAAAUCGAGCAGGCCGAGAGGAGCUAAGCGCGCGCCCCCUGCGCCCCGCACCUGUCCGGCGGAAACCGUUGCCAACCGCGAGAAUGCUGACCUUGACACUCGCCUCCGUGUCUGCGCCACUUCGGCACCCCCCCCCCAGUCCCCCUGACACACACACACCCCGGCCCCCCUCCCCCGCCACGCGUCCCCGGGGCCCUGGGGGAGGCGGCGCUCCAACCCAACCUGUGUCUACAAAGUCCUACGGAAACCCGAGGGUUGAUGGAGGCAGUAAACAAUUGUGGAGCCUUUUAACUGUGCAAUAAUUUCUGUAUUUAUUGGGUUUUGUAAUUUUCUUGGCACGUGCAGGUACUUUUUAUUAUUAUUCUUUGUGUUGAGAUUCUUUUAAGAGAUUCUGUUGGGUACCCAUCCCUUCUUCGUUUUUGUUUUUGUUUUCGGUUUUUUUUUUUUAAACCCAGUAGUAGCCUGAGCAAUGAUUCCCGAGCAAUGUAGAAGGGAAGCUUAUCUUUUAAAUUAUAAUUUGGGGGGGGAGGGCGCUGCUUUUUUGAAAUUUAAGCUAAGCAUGUGUAAUUUCUUGUGAAGAAGCCAACACUUAAAUGACUUUUAAAGUUGUUUACUUUUUUUAUUCCUUCUUUGGUCCUGAAAUAAAAAGUGGCAUGCAUUUUUUUUUUUUUGGUUUUAUUUUUGUUGUUUUUUUUGUUUUUGGUUUUUUGGGGGGGGUGGAUGUGCAGCGGAUAACAAUCUUUAAAGUUGUAGCACUUUGCUUCAGAGUUGGAAUGGAGAUGUGGCACUGACGAUCUGACGAUGUCCUGAGUAACAGAGGCCUUUUCUGCAACCUUGACGUUAUACAAGGAAACGUUUUAGUGGUGGGGGCCCUGCCCGAACACCCCGCACUGCCUGAGAAAUGCCUGAGAAAUGCGGGUUUUUGCGAGCUGCCAGAGGAAUGGUCUGAGAACCUUCUACAGUAGUGCAUCACCAGCAGAUACUGUCCUUUGCUUGGGGUGCGGGGGUGCCCUGGGAUGCCGUCUUUCCUCUCUGCUGUAGAUUAGGCUACAUAAAAUGGGCUGAGGGUACUUUUUUGGGUAGACGGUGGUGACCUGCCGUGACACAGAAAGGAAGAAAGCCGAAAUAUUCUUUCAGGCUUCUGGCUUGACGGCUUCCUCUCUCUCUCCCUCUCUCUCUCUUUCUCUCUCUUUCUCUCUCUCGCCCCCACCACAAAAAAUCCCAAGUCCUAUGUUGCUACAAGUGAUAACUGACCAUGCCUCAAGCAGACAAGUGCCCCAAUGAGGUAAAUUAGAGGAGUUAGCAUUCUCUCAUUUAACGCACACAGAUGACAUUGUACGGACGGGGGGAAAAUCUUACGAAUUUCUGUUCCCUUUUACUGGAAAAGCAGGGAAAGAGUUCCAUCCGAAGGUGCCCAGCGCUACUUCCCAGUUUUUUUUUCUAUCCCAUUAGGUUGGAAGGUACUAAACAUUGGACUGUUAAGAUUAGACCUUGGAAUUCUGUUGACCCGCACUUUAAAGCUUUUGUUUGCAUUUAAAUUAAAUGGCUUCUAAACAAGAAAUUGCUGCAUAUUCUUCUCUCUGGCCCAGAGGUGGGUUAAACUGUAAGGGACGGCUGAGCUCGAGUGUCAGUGUUGCUAAGCGUGGCAUUCACAAUACUGGCACUAUAAAGAACAAAAUAAAAUAAUUUAUUGGACAGUUUUUCUACUGCCAUUCAAUUUGACGUGAGUGCCUUGAAAACUGAUCUUCCUAUUUGAGUCUCUUGAGACAAAUGCAAAACUCUUUUUUUUUUUUUUUUU